UUAUGGAGCAUAGAAAUUCUUUUCUUUUAUCAUUUCUUCUUCUUCUUCUUCCUCUGCUACUAAACUCAGCUUCUGCUCAGCUUAAGCAGAAUUUCUACCAAAACAUAUGCCCCAAUGUAGAAAAUUAUGUUCGAAGUGCCGUUGAAAAAAAAUUCAAUGAAACAUUUGUGACAGCCCCUGGCACUCUCAGACUCUUCUUCCAUGAUUGUUUUGUUCGGGGGUGUGAUGCUUCUGUUCUUCUUGCCUCAUCUGGUAACAAUGCAGAGAAGGAUAGCCCCCUCGAUCAAUCACUUGCCGGAGAUGGUUUCGACACCGUGAUCAAAGCCAAGGCUGCAGUUGAUAAUGACUCUAAGUGCAAGAAUAAGGUCUCAUGUGCUGAUAUAUUGGCCUUGGCCGCUAGAGAUGUGAUAGUGCUGACAGGUGGGCCUUCGUACACAGUUGAAUUGGGUAGACUUGAUGGGAGAGUGUCCACCAACACCAGUGUUCACAGCAACAUUCCUUUACCUACUUUCAAUUUAGAUAAGCUCAUUUCCAUGUUCACUGCACAUGGUCUAUCACAGACGGAUUUGGUAGCAUUAUCAGGAGCACACACAAUUGGUUCUGCUCACUGUGCCAGGUUUGCUAAACGGAUUAAUGGAUUCAGCAGAACAAGCUCAGUUGAUCCAACUCUAAAUUCAACUUAUGCUCAGCAACUCCAACAGGAAUGCCCAAAAAAUGUAGACCCAAGAGUUGCUAUUAACAUGGAUCCUAACACACCUCGAAUUUUCGACAAUACUUACUACAAGAACCUUCAACAAGGGAUGGGGUUAUUCACAUCUGAUCAAGUCUUGUUCACAGAUUCAAGAACAACAAAACUUGUGAAUCUAUUUGCGUCGAAUGUUACAGCUUUCCAACAGGCUUUCAUUACUGCAAUUACAAAUCUUGGAAGGGUUGGAGUGAAGACAGGAUCACAAGGUGAAAUUCGGCGAGAUUGCUCUGCUGUGAACUAGAGGAG